UGUCAAUGCUGCUAUUAGCGCAACAUUUUACUGCACAGUAUUUGUAAUUUUGUGACAUUGAUCAGCCAACAUAAAUUCAGUUUUAGUGAUUUUCAGGGUCAGUUAUAUAGUAACUGAGCCAAAGAAGGAAACAACGGUGAUUAGGAUGUGCGUACAGAAAUUAUGCGUCUUAUUCGGCACCUACCUAUAGGUAGGUAUACCUUUUGCAGGUAUAGAAGACUAAGUUAUGUAAGAUGACUCGAAAUAGUGAAGGAAAGUGAGAUUUUAUAUAACUCUUGUGGUUGAACAAAAUCAUUUUAAUUAUGUGGGAACACAUCUUCACGUGGCCCUGACUCUGCUAAACCAAUAUUAGACUCCCUCUGUUGUCAGCAGGUACCAUGGGCCAGGUCUCACCGGUAAACAUUGUCUUCCACUAACAAAGAUCAAAGCUGCUGAUGUAGUAGAAUAUGCUACCUUUUAUGAAAAACAUUUGCCCUUUUAGUAAUUACUAUUAUUGUUUAUGCUUGUAUGCAUUAUGGAAUUUAGCGAAUGUUUGUUAUAAGCUUCAGGCAUGUAAAUAGUAAUCAGGUUAUCCAUAAUUAACCUGAAGGUCAGAGCUGACAAAGUAUUACACACUUAGUUUAAGUGACUCAUCAGUUUGUACAGAAACUCCAGUGCAGAGAGGAAUUAAAGUUAUAUCAGCUAUUUAGCUUUAGAGUCAGUAAAUGUUUUAUAAUUGUCAUUUCAAGUCACAUAGACCUUUUUGUCAUUACAUACACAUAAUUAAAGCCAUGCUACACAAACAUUUGCUAAAAAAAUUCAAUCAUCAAUUAACUGUGUUUCAAAAGUGCAGAACGUUUGUUCUUUUGAUUUAGACAGGCAGAAGUAAAUGCAAAAGGAAAUCCUUCCCCUUUCAUGUAGGCUAAUUGGUUUUGACAAGUUUCUGUUUCUAAUCCCUCAUCAUAUAAUCCAUAACCACCCAGAUCUUUCAAAAGGGAUUUCACACCGCAGAGAACCUAAUAACCAUUCAACUUGCAAUUAUUUGGAUUUUGCUAGCAUUUAGCUUAAUAAAUAUUUAUAUGUUUUAAUACUGAGGUAAUCAGGCCCAAACAUUUUUGUGAUGUAAGCAUUACUUUUAGUCUUUGGGAAUUGUUGGGAUAUUAUCUUCACAAUGGGUCAGCACCUCGGUGAGGAUAAUGACUUGGACAAGGAAAUUGAUGUGGCGGCUGAAGAAUGGUACAAAAAGUUUGUUGUGGAAUGUCCAAGCGGGACUUUGUUUAUGCAUGAGUUCACUUUUUUUGGUGUUACCAAUAACAAGGAGGCUGCAGACUAUAUUGAAAACAUGUUUAGAGCCUUUGACAAGAACGGUGACAACGCCAUUGAUUUUCUGGAGUAUGUGGCCGCCUUAUACUUGGUCCUGAGGGGUAAACUGGAACAUAAGCUUAAAUGGACAUUCAAAAUGUAUGAUAAAGAUGGAAGUGGGUGCAUUGAUAAAACAGAGCUUCUUAAAAUUGUGGAGGCAGUUUAUCGACUGAAGAAAGCCUGCCACGGAGAGCUGGAUGAAGAAUGCAAUCUACUGACUCCAGAACAAGUGGUUGACCGGAUAUUUGAGCUUGUUGAUGAAAAUGGAGAUGGGGAAAUGUCACUGGACGAGUUCAUUGAUGGAGCACGAAGGGACAAGUGGGUAAUAAGGAUGCUGCAGAUGGACGUCAACCCUAGGGACUGGAUGAGCGACUGAAUUCUAAAGCUGUUAUGUGGAGCAGGCAUUUGUCACAUGCAUAUACAUUUAAAUCAAAUAUCAAAUAUAAGACCUGACCGCAUAUUAAAUAUUCCGAUGUGAAACAUUACGAAAAAACAGAUCGUAAUAGUAAAAAUUAUAAAUACAUAAGACUGUAAAACUGUCAUGUCACC